UAAGGCAAGGCUGCACUGAUCCACACACAGGAGAGAUCGCCCCUAAAGAGGACUCGCAGCUGACGCUGUCAAGACACUGUUCAUCUAGCAGGUGAAAGCUCACACACAGUUAAAAUGGACUACUACGAAGAGUUUGACUUUGACAUUUUGUACAACAACUCCACCCUGCACCCGUGCAUCAAGUUCAACAACUGCACGUUCCUCGAGGAGGGAGGCGUGUCUGUCAUGGGCUGGCGUCACACCGUCGCCCUGGUCUGCUAUGGCCUCGUCGUCCUGUUGGGCGUCCCCGGCAAUGGCCUGGUGGUGUGGGUGACGGCGUUCCGGAUGCCGCGCUCGGUGAACGCGCUGUGGUUCAUGCACCUGGCCCUGGCCGACCUGCUGUGCUGCCUGUCGCUGCCCCUGCUCAUGGUGCCGCUGGCCCAGGAUCUGGACUGGCCCUUCGGCCUUGUGGCCUGCAAGAUCCUGCCCGGCCUGCUCUACAUGAUGAUGUUCUGCAGCGUGCUCCUGCUGACCCUCAUCAGCCUGGACCGCUGGCUGCUGGUGUCCCAGCCGGCCUGGUGCCAGAACUGGAGGCACCCGCGCUGGGCCAACUGGGCCUGCCUCUGCACCUGGCUCCUGGCCCUGCUGGCCAGCCUACCUCAAUUCAUCCAUACCAUGCUGGUCACGCAGCAGUCCAAGAAGAUGUGCCUCGCCGGCUACAACAGCCAUGCCCAGGCUUGGGGUUCCGUCCUCGGCCGCGUCCUGCUGGGCUUUCUGGUGCCGUUCCUGGUGAUCAGCAUGAGCCACUGGAAGGUGUACCAGAGGGCGGGGAGCGGGCCGGGGCGGCAUUGCAGCCAGCGCUCGGCGCGCACCCUGCGGGUGAUCCUCGCCGUGGUGCUCAGCUUCUUCCUGUGCUGGAUGCCGCUGCACGCCGUGGACAUCGCCGAGCUGGUGCUGCACAAUGCCGACGCCAAUGCACACGCCAAGGCUAACCUGCACCUGGCCCAGGUGCUAGCGCUCUGCCUGGCGUACUUCAACAGCUGCCUGAACCCGCUGCUCUACGUGUGCCUGGGCCGGAGCUUCCGGGAGAGCAUCACCAAGUCGCUGCGAAGCGUGCUCCAGUUCGCCUCUGAGGGGCCAACACCAGGCCUCAGCAUGACAGCUCACACCAAGAGCACCACUGACACCAACACGCUGAUGGCAGGGGUCAAACCCAGCUGAGAAGGCAGCUCCCGCCGAGUGACGCCGAGUGGCAGCGGUCCUGGGGCACGUAGAUGUAAAGAUCAUGUUGAGAAGGCAGAGGGAUUCAGUGUGGCUGUGAAGGUCCUUCAUGGUUUUGGCACUACUGGGCUUUUGAGAAUGAUUUUAGUGACUUUCCUGAUAACCCUAAUGAGGUUCCACUCCUGACCCCGAAAACAGGCACUCUUACACUCUUACAGGGUGUCUUUUCCCUGGUAUAAGGCCUUUACUAAUUAGGUUAAUUAGGCUACAUAAAUCAUGCAGUUUAAUCAAGAUAAGAUAUGAAGAAGAAUAUGGUAGCAUAUGAAUCAUAUGAAACAGAAUGUUAUUACAUUAUAUAUUAUAACAAGAAAAUUUGCUUUUGUUCUUUGUAUUCAACCAUUUAUCGAUCUAGCGUAUCAAUAUAUCAAUCUAAUAUAUUCAUAGCUCUCUCUCUGUGUGUGUGUGCGUGUGUGUGUGCGUGUGCGUGUGUGCGUGUGCGUGUGUGCGUGCGUGCGUGCGUGUGUGUGUGUGUUGUGCAAGCAGCAUAUUUAGGAUGUUAUGAAAAAGUGGUGAUACAUGCUGGGUGAGAUGGUGGUGGUGCUUUGACAGAUAAGCAUAUAAAUUCGACAUGACAUAAAAGAGCUCCAACCAAUUAUGUCAUGAAAAAACAACAGGUGUAAAAUUGUGCUGUCGUUUAACGCAAUACCCUCAAGAAAAUGUGAAUUAUGUCAUCAGUCAGUACCUACUUAAAUAUUCAUUAGCCACAAAAUGGCCCCAAACACCGCAUUGAUUAGCACCUUUGAUAUGGUGCUUUUCCCACAAGCACCACACGCAGGACAAAACCUGGUUUAACAAGCAGCACAGAGCAUCUGUUCUGCUAGUAGCAUCAGCAGUGUUUCCAGAGCAGUGUGCAGUGCAUAGGUGAAAAUUGAUUUUAACAAUGUUAGUAUGAAGUCUUCAUUCAAAGUAAUAAACUUUAACAUUUAACAGCAUCUUAAUUAGAUUUCUGGUUGGCAACAGGAAGAAAGUGAGGGGUGACACAGCGGUUUAAUGGACUGCACUUAGGAGUGAUAUAAAGCUAUGUUAACAGUUAAAAUACCUCUUACCCAACCACCCUAUUCACCACAGGCACAUGACCGCCCAGCUAAAUAUACCAGCACGCCAUAGUAGCCCUUUGUAAGUAAAUCAACAAGAGAAAUAAAUUGAAACAAGGAAGAGGUUUCGAAACCCUCGUAACUUGCCAAUACCAUUUGUCACUUCCUUAGUGCUCGGCAAGGGGAAGUGUUUUAAUCCGUAUGCACACAGAUCCAAAACCUCACAUUUACUCGAGGAUCUCAAACUGCUCUUCUUGAGCUUUUGUUAAUUUAUUUAUUAAUAACCACUGAUCUUAAUAUUGACCUUUGAUAAACCUUCCUAUUAACUACAUAGCAUGUUGCAGAUUCUACACAUAAACAUAACCAUGCCUUCAAUCUGAUUAUAACAUCCCAUGACUUGGAUAACAAUCUGCAACAGGAAUGAUGUGAAAUCAUUUUUUAAAAAUGCCCUUUAAUUGAUGAUUCCAUGGUAACUCCCAAAGUCUUCUGUGACUCAUGACUCUAGACAAGUGUGACAAUUAUAAAGUUUUUUGUAGCAAAAUACACCCUUUCAGAUUUCUGCUAAAGGACCAUAAACACUUACUAAAGUGAUUUCACUUCUCCGACUGCUCACUAGAUCACUAGACCUUGACCCCUCUUUUCUCAGCAACUAUACUCUAGUUUCAAGUAUUCACUACUCCCUACACAAACACAUUAACAGCUGAUCUCUAUUCAUUUAUGCAAUUGUCUGUUCUAACAUCUUUAAUUAGCUAUUUCACUGUUUUGCUUUUUUUGUGUGUGGAUCAUUUGGAUUGUAAGACCACUUCUUACAAUUCUUAAUAAA